AUGGAGAAGACGAAUGAAUCAAAUAGCAGUUUCCUCGAAAAGUACGGGGCUUUCCAAGCCCAGGCGGCCUUCCUCGUCCAGCUGACCAAUCAGUGCACGGAGCUCCAGAACGAGCUCGGGACCCGGUUCCGGGAAGUCAAGGCCCGGGAGGACGAUAUCGGAGUCAAAGAGAAGGAGCUGGAAUUGAGUAAGAGCCACUUGCUUUCCCUGAAAUCUCAGAUUAAGGAACAUGCUGAUGAGAUUAAUGUGUUGAGUGAGAGAGUUUGGGAGAAGAGAGAGGCGUGUGAGGUGACCGAGAUUCGGGUUUCGGAGGCGAAAGAUGAGCUGAAGCUGGUUGAGAGAUGUGUGGAGGAGAAGAGGAGGGAGUGUGAUUUGAAACAAAAGGAGAUUGAGGAGUUUGAGAAGGAGGUGGAAUCGAAAAGGGGGGAGAUUGGUUUGAUUGAGAAAUUGAAGAAGGAGAUGGUGAGGGAGAUGGAUUCGAGGGCGAAAGAGUUUCGCUUUCUUGAGAAGGCGAUGGAGGAGUGGUGUUGUAGGCUGGAAUUGAAGGAGAGGGAGAUUGAGGGGCAAGAGUUUGAGCUGAGAGUUGAGGAGAUUGGUGUUACUGAGAAGAAGGUGGAGGAGUGCCUUAACGAGGUUGUGAUUAAAGAGGGGCAACUUGAAGAGCGAGCCAAAGAGUUUGAGUUGUUUGCUUCUCGAGUGAAGGCUGAGCAUUUGGAAAAAGAAAAGCAUUUAGUGUCACUUGAAGAAUCGAUAGAACAAAAAGGAAAAUCGAUGGAACAAAAAGGAAAGACCUUGGCUGCACUUGAGAAGUCGUUACAAGACCGCCAAGAGUCUUUGGAUUCAGCUUCAUAUGAACUGAAGUUAAAAGAGGGACAGCUUGAAGAGCAAGCCAGAUUGUUUGAACAGGAGCAGAUGCAAUAUGCUUCUCAAACGAUGACUGAGAUGUUAGAAAGAGUAAAGCAUUUUGCUUCACUUGAGAAAUCCUUAAAAGAGAGAAAAGAGCAUUCGGAGAGACAACUUGAAGAGAAGGCCAGAGAGCUUGAAUCAAAGCAAAAACUAUUUGAUUCUCUGCUAUUGGAAAGAGAAGAGCAACUUCAUUCAUAUAAAAAUUCCAUACAAGAAUGUGAAAAGCGGUUCAAUGCUCUCCAGAAGUCAGUUCAAGAGCAGAAAGUGCAUUUGGAAUUACUCUGCCAUGGAAUCCAGAUGGAAGAGAGAAAACUUGAAAAGAAGUUGGAUCUUACAGUCGAUAUCAGUACAUAUGGUAGAACCUUGCAGUCGUCAAUCGCUGAGAACUUAAACAAAGUUGAGUUGGUGGGUGGCCAAUUGUCAGCUCUUUUUGAUGCUGAUGAGAUUUUCAAGCUUCUUGGAAUGAUUUCUCAGAAUAAGCAGACUUUACAGAAAUGUCACACUUUGGUUUGAAGAUAAAAUCCUUGAUAUUGUUCGGAGUCUCAUUGGAAGAAAGCAACUGAUUCAGGCUGUAAGAUUUAUCUGCACCUUCAAGCUAAAUGAUAAGUUUGACCCAGUACCACUCUUGAUAGAAUUUGUAGAGGAUGCACAGAAGCGUUGCAAUGAUAGGCUCCGUGAAGUGAAAUCACAUGUUGAAGAGGAUAAGGUUGUAAAUGACCGAAUAGCCGAUCUAAGAGCGGUGCUUAAAUGCAUUGAAGACCACAGCGUCCCAUACCCAGCAAUCGGCAUUAUGAAGGCUAUUCAAGAUCUUGAGAAGCUAAAAGGGAAUGGAAAAUUGAGGCCGUCUCUGUCACCCACUGUUGAAAAGCAAGAGCAGACAGAAGGAAGGAAAAGAAGUUCCAGCAGUCUAUAUCCCACACCUCAUGCAUAUCAGCUGCGUAAAAGAACAUAAUUAGUGAGCCAUGUCAGCUGCUAGUCUCCAUGCAUUGCCAACUUUCACCGUACCCUUGGCUGUGCAGUCUAGUUUGUUGUCUUUGGUAGUUGGGUAUGUCUUCCAAUGACUAUGAAAUUGGUGCUAAUUCUGUUUCUCCACAGAAUGCUGGAAUACAUCUUUUGAAU